AUGAGUUCCGACGAUGCCUCGCCACAGGCAAACCAGGCAUAUAACAACAAUUCCUCAUCUCCCUCUAUCCGCAACCCUGCGCUCGCGAAAUAUAACCAUGUCAAACUCCGGCCAGAGGCAAUUGUGAGACCUGAUCUUUUCACAUUGUAUUUUGGAUUUUUCGGCACAGGAGUCUGGAAACAAAAGGUCGCCAAAACAGUGACUGAGCGAGUGGAGAACCACUACGUGCUGACAGAACGACCCCCGACCCAAGAUGAAUUUGAUGCCAUGGUUGAGCAUGGAACGCGAUGCCUGUACCACGCGCGGACGGGCUUACCCGUAAGCUCAUUCCUCGGAACAGCGCUCCUCUACAGCCAAGCACGCAAGUCACCGCUCUUCCCGCGCAAUCCCACCCCAGCAGCACUCUUCAACACGGUGCGGAACAUGGCUGCCGAUGCGACCCUCAGGGGAAAUAUUGGAUCAGCGGCAUUCAAAAUGCUCUUUAUCAUUACCCUCGGCAGCAUGGCAUCGAGCGCGUAUGCAGUUUCGCAAGAUGCCAUGCACAUGUUGACGGACCCACGAAUGAAGCAGUUUGUCGAGGACGUGCGCAAAGCGAAGCCAGAGGAUGUGCGCAAGCGCAAGAUCGAGGCUGCUCAUGAGCGCAUUCGCAGCAAGCGCAGUGGUGAGCAAGAUAUUGGCACGCAGGUCAUCGGCACACCUGCUGGAUAUGCAGGCAGCAACGAGUACGAACAAGAGCAGACGUCUUAUGAUUCUCAGGCGCAACCAAAUUCUUAUUCUGAAUAUGUGAGCUCCAAUGAUACCAAGGGAAGCUCCCAGUCUGCUUCAUAUGAGUCGUCUCCAUCGGGUUUGAAUGCUGGUGCAAUCUGGGCACGCGGCAGGGGCACUCAACCUGAAUCAAAAUCAGCUUUGGAUUUCAUGGAUGAGGAUGAUGCUAGCCCUACAGCGGUGGAAUACCGGAAUACAAACAUCGACGGGUCAUCUAAUGGCAGUGCUUGGGACCGGAUCAGACGACAGAAUAAUGGAGCACGCCUCCAGUCUCGACAGCAGCCCGCCGUGUCACAGUCUACAGUGAAUCCUUACUCUACCGAGUUUGGCCAGAGUGAUCAAGAAAGGUACGACUCCGGCCAGAAGACUGAGAGGGAUCAAGCACAGGCAGAGUUUGAUCGCAUGAUUGAAGCCGAGAGGAACGCUGGCGGCGAAGGAUCACGAAACCGAGGUUGGUGA